UCUGUCUGUACUAAGAACUGUCACGCAGGAUCAAGGAAGAAAGUGAAGGAGGGAAAACCGUUUUGCUGCUAUGACUGCAUGCCAUGCCCAGAGGGAAAGAUUUCAAUCGAGGAAGAUAUGAGUGACUGUGAUAAAUGCUCAGACAAAGACUAUCCAAGCAAGAACCGAGAUGCAUGUAUUCCCAAGGAUAUAAGCUUCUUGUUUUAUGAAGAACCUUUGGGCAUCAGUUUAGUCUGCUUUUCGCUUUCAUUUUCUCUGAUCACAGCUCUGGUGCUGGGUACAUUUAUGAAGCACCAUGACACUCCCAUAGUCAUUGCAAACAACAGGAACCUCACCUACACUCUCCUCAUUUCUCUCCUGCUCUGCUUCCUUUGUGCACUGCUCUUCAUUGGCCAACCUGAGAAGGUGACCUGUCUCCUGCGACAAACCGCUUUUGGCAUCAUCUUCUCAGUGGCUGUUUCUUGUGUAUUGGCAAAAACCAUCACUGUGGUUCUGGCUUUCAUGGCCACCAAACCUGGAUCCAGGAUGAGGAGAUGGGUGGGGAAGGGACUGGCCAACACCAUUGUCCUUUCCUGCUCCUUUGUCCAGGCAGGGAUCUGUACUGUGUGGCUAGCAACCUCUCCCCCAUUUCCUGAUACAGACAGUUACUCAGUAGCUAAAGAAAUUAUACUAGAGUGCAAUGAGGGGUCUGUGAUGAUGUUUUACUGUGUUCUGAGCUAUAUGGGCUUCCUGGCAAUUAUUAGUUUCAUUGUCGCUUUCCUUGCCAGGAAAUUACCUGACAGUUUCAAUGAAGCCAAGUUCAUCAGUUUCAGCAUGCUGGUCUUUUGCAGUGUUUGGCUCUCCUUUAUUCCAUCCUACCUGAGCACCAAGGGAAAAUACAUGGUUGCUGUGGAGAUCUUCUCCAUCUUAGCCUCUGGUGCUGGACUGCUGGGUUGCAUCUUUUCCCCCAAAUGUUAUAUCAUUGUGUUCAGGCCUCAGCUGAACAAGAGGGAACAGCUAAUAAGGAAGAAAAACUAA